CGAACCUCCACUUCUCCUUCACUUCUCUACCCACCUGCUCUCGCUCUCUCAAGAUUUCUCCUUUCUUAGACCCAACUAACAAGAGAGGAGUGGCUGCUGCUGCUGCUGUAAAGGAAGAGCUGCUUAAAGAUGUUGUUGGGGAAGAGACCUAGGGCUCCAAUGAAGAGAACAACAAGUAUGUCGGAGAUCACCUUUGAUCUAGACAGUGAAUCAGUUCCACCGUCGUCUGAUCCGCGCAUCGCUCACAAACAGGUGGCCGGAUUCGGUGUCCAGCUAGAUCAGCGGUUCUUGUCUGCCACCGUCGCACCCAGAACCCAUAGAAGGGCUUCCGCUGAUUCCUUGGAAACUGCUCACUUCUUGAGGGUUUGCUCCCUCUGCAAGCGCCGCUUGAUCCCAGGUCGCGACAUCUACAUGUACAGAGGGGACAGUGCUUUCUGUAGUCUAGAGUGCAGGCAACAGCAAAUGAACCAAGACGAGAGGAAAGAAAAGUGUUCAUUAGCGUCCAAGAAAGAAGUUGCAACCUCCAACACCGCACCAGAAGUCUCCACCAAAGGGGAGACUGUUGCUGCUUUGUAAAAUCGCCGACGAAAAGGCCAGAAUGGAAAAGAUUCCGUCCGCUUACUUCUAUAAAUAUAUAUAACCUUAAGUGUAUAAUCAUUAUAUAUGGAAGUGGGUUUGAUGCAGCUAGCUUUCUUGUAUGCAAAUGGGCAAUUUUUGAAGCUGUUGUUAUUUUAUGUGGAUCCACAGCUUACAGAAAGCAGCUAUCCAAUCUGUAGUUCUUCCUAGUUUUUUUUUUUUUUUUUUUUUUUU